GUUGGGACGACUGUACUACAUCAGUUUCGGAACCAAGUACGGCCUGGUUCCGCAUCUUCGCCCGAAUGUGCUUGCAGCAGCAGCCCAGGGCUCUUCAGUCCAAGCAACAGCAGCAGGCAAGAGCAGCACCAGCAGCACCAGCAGCAGCAACAGCGGCGGCGGUAGCAACACGCUGGUUGCGUUCGAGGACCCCGCGGAUGCCGAAUACGUGGCGAAUGUGUUGUGGGAGGACCUCAUCUUGUCGGGUGCCCAGCCCUCCGGUCCCCGACCCGCCAGCAUGGGCGUGCUGUCCGCUGCGCCGCUGUUCCUGGAGGACAUGGCGGCACUACGCGGGUCCACGGUGGAGGUGGUGCCGGCUGACGGGCUGCGGAAGGACGUGCUGCUGGGAGCGACGCAGCUAGAGGUUGUGCUAGCUGCGCUGGUGAGUGGGUCGACCCCGAAGGCUGUAGCCGCGCGAUUGCAACAGGCAGCAGCAGCACCGCACCACCACCCGCAGCAACAACAACAAGGAGGAGUACCCAGGGAGGCUUCUGAGGAGCAUGCCUCCACGUCCAAAAGCAGCAGCACCACCACCACUACCACCACCACUACCACCUCUUCCUCCGUGCGCAGUGGGGGCCCCGGUGCCAGUGAGCCCGCGGUGCCUCCCAGUGCGUCAACGCCCAGUCAGCUUGCGGGGCAAAAAGGGGUGAAGCUCAAGCUGCCCACCAAGUUUGACUUCCCUGGCUUCGAUCAACAGCAAACGUCCUCGGCCCCGACGGCAGUGAAGGCGGUAAAGGCUGAGAAGGCUGAGAAAGCGGCGCCGCCGGCACCACGGGCACCGCCUAAGAAACCAACGCCGGCGGCGGCAGCGGCAGCGGCGGCUGCCCCGCCGCCGCCACCUGUUCCUGCAGCAGAUGCGAUGGCGCCGCCGCCGGUGCAGACCCCCGCGGCGGCAGUAACAGCACCGGCACCGGCACCGUCGGCGGCUCCAGCGCAGCAGCAGCCCGCACCGGCGCCGCUUCCGCAAGUCGAGCC